AUGCCAUUCUGCACCCAUCACCCCUCCCCCGCUGCCUUUCUCCGUCUGCCAUCCAGUCUACGAAUCCACCCGUUCACUUCGUCAGCGGCGUGCUGGUUCGCGGAGAGCCGGGACCCAACAUACUAUGAAGUCUUGAACGUGCCAGUUACUGCGACAACGCAGGAAAUCAAGAAGCAAUUCUACGCCCUCUCUCUUGCCCACCACCCGGACAAGAACCCCAAAGACCCCAAGGCCUCCGCACGCUUCGCGUCCAUAUCAAACGCUUACCACGUCCUCGCCAACACCACCAAGCGCGCAAAGUACGAUCGCGACCAUGACAUACACCGCGCCGCCGCCGUGUCGUCCAGUACCCGAAGCGGACAUCGCGGAUCGUACGUCGGCUCGCGGCCGCCAUCGGGGCUGAGCAAACGACGGGGCCCCUUUCGAGGACCGCCCCCGAGCUUCUACGCACACGGCGGGUAUGGGGCCGCGCCACAUCACAAUCACCCCCAUCACGCACAGCAGCAUCAACACCCGGGUCAGGAACACCAGCACCAGCAAUCUCACGGCUCCGACCCCUCGUCAUUCAUUCACCACAACCCGGUCCCCCACUUCAACGCCACCUCCCACUUCCGCACCCAGACCCAUGAAGACACCCGCCGUCGCGAACGUCGGCGCAAGGCCAUCGACCGCGCAACGGCGGAAGCCGCAGAGCGCGGGGUCGACGAGGCAGAGUACACGACGUCGCGCUUGCUCAUGGUGUUGGGGAUAGUUGGCUUGGCCUGGGCGACCUUGAUUCUGGGCCAGAAGCUGGAAGGCCCGCGUUCACCGCCAUUAAGCUAUUCUGCGAAAAAGGCGGAGGAACACGGUCCUGUUACGGGUUCGACUACGACGGCUGGAUCACGUCUGCAAGAGCGUCGGGAGCAGCACCAGGAACAUAGCCAUGUCGAACGAAAAGUAGUACAGUCCAAAGUGGAGCAAAAACAUGAGCUUCAGGCAAAAUUAUGA